AUGAAGCUCUCCAUCAUUGACCAGAUCUUCCUUCUGGGCACAUUGCUCUCCGUCACAGCAAGCCCAACUUCCUCCCACGUCUCCGUAUCGGUCAAUCCCAAGACCCAAUUCCAAGAGAUAGACGGUUUCGGGGCAUCGCAAGCCUUUCAGCGCGCCGAGGAUAUCUUCAGCAAGUAUGGCUUACCCAAGGUCAAUCAAACCCUUGUUCUGAAACUCCUCUACGACGAAAAAGUUGGUGCGGGGUUCACAAUCCUGCGAAAUGGAAUUGGUUCCAGCAACACCUCCACAAGCAAUCUCAUGAACUCCAUCGAGCCUACCAGUCCUGGUAGCCCAAGUGCAAAGCCCGAUUACGUUUGGGACAGUUACAACAGUGGACAAUUUCCACUGGCGCAACAGGCCUACUCUCGGGGUCUGCAGACACUGUACGCAAAUGCUUGGUCGGCGCCCGGGUACAUGAAAACAAACGAUGACGAGAAUAAUGGUGGAUACCUCUGCGGUGUAACAAACGAACACUGUUCGACUGGAAACUGGAUGCAGGCGUAUGCGAACUAUCUUGUUCAAUACGUACGAUUCUACAAGGAGUCUGGCGUUGAUGUGACACACCUGGGCUUUUUGAAUGAGCCGCAAUUCGCAGCUAGCUAUGCUGGUAUGCUCUCAAACGGUACUCAGGCUGCGGACUUCAUCCGCGUUCUGGCCAAAACGAUCAAAGCAUCCAAACUCGACGUGGAGAUUACCUGCUGCGAUGGUAUCGGGUGGGAUGAUCAGGAAGCUAUGAUGGCUGGUCUCGAAGCUGGUCCGGAUCCAGCGAUUAACUACCUCGGCAUCGUCACUGGUCACGGAUAUGACUCUGCACCUACCUACCCGCUCAGCACCAAGAAGAAGACCUGGCUUACCGAGUGGGCCGAUCUCACCGGUGACUUCACCCCGUACACAUUCUACGAGAACGGUGGACCAGGUGAAGGGUUGACAUGGGCAAACCACAUCCAAGUCGCCCUGAGAGAUGCAGAGACAAGCGCAUUUCUGUACUGGAUCGGAGCGGAGAACUCAACCACCAACAGCGGGCUUAUCAAUCUCAUUGAUACCGAGGUUGUCCCUUCGAAGCGCUUCUGGGCCUUUGCGCAGUUCAGCAGAUUUGUGCGACCUGGUUCUCGUCGGAUUGAAGCGACUAGUUCCAGCACCAAUGUCACGGUUAGCUCGUUCAAGAACAAGAGUGGGAAGAUUGCCACGCAGUUACUAAAUCAGCUCGAUGUGGAGGUCGACAUUAGUGUGCACAUCUCUGGGCUCAAGGCUGGGGUUACUGUGACGCCUUAUAUUACAAACAAUGACUAUGACUUGGAGGCAUUGAAUCAUAUUAAGGCCGGCAGCGGUGGGUCAUUCAAGACUCAGAUACCUGCCAAGUCGAUGAUCACCUUUGUUACUGGUUAG